AUGCAGCCAGAGCCGGCGAAGGGCACCGGGCGCAGGGGCCCGCCGGAGCGAGUGGGCAAGGGCGCUCAGAGCGCAGGAGCCCGCGUGGGGCGCGCCAAGGCGGAGCCCCCCACGCCGGGCAGGACCCUCACGCCGGAGGGGCUGGCGGCCAUGCGGCCCGCGCAGCGCCAUAGCCACCUGCUCUUCGGCGACCUGCUGGAGGACGUGGGCGCGGCCGCUUCCAUCUUCCCGUGCGAGUCAGCGGAGCUGGGGUGCCCCGUGCCUGACCCGCGCGCGUGGACGCUGCCGCUCGAGCAGCCCGCGCAGCGCCAGGACCGGCUCCUCGGCGUCCUCAAGGCCGCCGAGGCCCGCGGCCGAGUCCGCGCCCUGCGGCUGCGCUACGCCCGCAUGCGGGCGGAGGAGAUCUCGCUCCUCAUCCUGAGGCAGAAGUCCGCCCGCGCCGCCAUCCGGCUGGAGCUGUUCCUGCCCCCGCAGCUGAAACCCACACGGAUCCCGGACCCCCUGGACCGUCAAGAGCGGAGGCGCGUGGAGACCAUCCUGGAGGAGAAAGUCGACGGCAGCAUCUUCCCGCGUUGA